CUUGCGCUGGCGCACGGCGGGGCCGGGGUCCCGCUCUGUCCCACCGCGGCUGGCAGUGGGAUGCACAAAGCGCCGCAGUCUCUCUGUCUCGGGCGGUGCCAGGGGCUGGCCGGGCCGGGGCAGCGGCGCGGUGCCAGCCCGGGCCGGUUCCUGCGCUUACGUGCCGCGGGCGUGUCCCUUAAAUCCCGCACGGGAGCGGCGCGGGGCAGGCGAGCCCCGGCGGAGCCGAGCGGAGCGGUGUCGGCGGAGGAGAGAUGGCCUCGGUGGGUCCCUCCGCAGCCCCCACGCAGCCCGCCCUGCCCUCCGGAGCCGCCGUCUUCAAAACCAUCCCCUACGCCUUCAUCCUGCCGGAGAUCGUCUGCGGGACCUGGGUGUGGAUCCUCGUCGCUGCUACCUCCGUCUCCUUGCCGCUGCUGCAGGGAUGGGUGAUGUACGUGUCCCUCACCUCCUGCCUCAUCUCCCUGCUGCUCCUCUUAAGCUACCUCCUCGGCUUCCACAGGAACAGCGAGAACUGGAAAGUGCUGGACAGUUUGUACCACGGCGCCACGGCCAUUCUGUACAUGAGCGCCGCUGUGCUGCAGGCCAACGCCACCAUCAACUCUGAGUUCGGCGUCAACGCGCCGCUCAACUACCAACUCAACAGCGCUGCAUCGUUCUUCGCCUUCCUCACGACCUUCCUGUACAUCCUCCACGCCUUCAGCAUCUACUACCAGUGAUCCUGGCAGCACCAGAUUCACCUUUACGGGACAAGGGCUUUCCCAGUGUGAGAGACCCUGCUGUCCUCCCAAGGUGUCUCUGCCCCAGCCCUGUCACCGGGCCUCAGGAACAGCAAGUCCUUUUGCACUUCAUCACAGGAGGGAUUUUGCUGGCACACGUUGGUGUGCCUGUGGACAUUUCCUGCCUUGUCUGGGGGAGGGACUUGCAAGGGGAGGGACUGGGUGCAGGCCCCAAGCCUCCAAUACCAACAUUCUGCCAAAUAUUGACAACCAGAGGAAGAGAGAGAAAAAAAAAAUCACUGUUCCUUCAGCAAA